CACUGGGAGAACGUACCACGGCAAGGAUAUAGUGUACGUCGGCAUUGAAUGCCUCUGUGUUGCGAGGCGCAUUUCGAUCCGACCACAACAUACCAACAUGGAUGUUUAUAUAGCAUCUUCCUAUUCUUUAUGUCAACAACUCUUUCUUCAUUCAUGUUGAUUUCACAACCGGUAUACUGUUUUCAGUUGUUAUGUAGUGUCAUUCCCGCGCCCGCCUGACGUCAGGAACGGUGAACUUAUGGUUCUUGGUCUGUUGUCGGCAGCACGUGAUAUACGUAUAGUUGUGAAGCGAUUGCCGCGUGUCUGUCGCAAGACAAGAAGGCGUGCGUCUUCAUGAGAUUUAGUGAGGCAGGGGCUGUGAUAUCCUGGCGUGACAGGAGCUGAGAUGUAGAUUUGUAGGACACUUGGUUCAGAGGUGAUUGGGAUGCCAGCCUUCUUCCCUGGCUGUUCCGGCCAAUCUGACUUAAACAGUAUGGGUUGCGGCGCGAGCGUGGGUAACGAAGAAGACCCGCUCAAAGUGGUGGUAUUCGGAGCUCUUGGAAUGGUGGGAGGAGCUGUGGCGUCGGCACUGGUCAAAAGUCCAAGAGUCAAGGUCAUCGCUGUCACUCGCACCCCAACGAGUGGUCGCGCAAACGAACUAGCUGAGAAAGGUGCAGUGAUAAGUACAGCUGAUCUCAAUGAUCCCCGGAGCUUGGAGCGCGUGCUCGAGGGAGCUCAUGCAGUCUUCCUGACAACGCACUACUGGGAGCACUUCAGCAAAGAAAAGGAAAUCAGUCAGGGCACAAACGCUAUAGAUGCUGCUGUUAACUGCAACAUCCGCCAUCUUGUUCUGUAUGGAUCUGAGGCUCCCGACCCCGAGAAAGUACCUGAAUGUGGCCCCUUUGAAGCAAAGGCUGAGUUAGAAGAGUAUCUGAUGUCCCAGGAUGUACCAUACACGCUGUUGAGGAUGCCCUUCUUCUAUGAGAACCUGCUGACCGUAUUCAAGCCACACAGAUUAAAGGAGGCAAACUAUGCAAUAACCUUGCCACUAGAGGACGACUCAAUUGACAGUAUGAGCGUGAGCGAUAUGGGGCGAUGUGUCCUGAACAUAUUCCUGAAACCGAAACCAUAUCUCGGUCAAACGGUCAACCUGUCCGCGGACAGAAUCACGACCAAGCAGAUGGCGGACGUACUGACCAAGCACAUGCGUCACACCGUCUUCGUGUGUCCACUGAUUCGCGUUGAAGACUAUGCGAAUUUCAAGUUCAGUGGAGCCAGGGAUCUAGCGGCUAUGUUCCAGCACUACAGGACCUUGGAUCCUGUAGCAGACAUCCGUGUGACGAAGAAGCUGUGUGGCUCUUCUCUCACUUUCGAAAGGUGGGUGACGGAAAAUACAGAUAAGAUCAUGGUGGCGAUGAAAGAGGAAGAGGACUUGUGAUUCUCAUUGUCUGAAACACGAUAGUAUCAGCGAGGAUAUGUGUGGAGCACGUGCUUCGCGAGGACGGGAACGUCUUAUUGGUGGCCGGGAACGUAUUAUUGGUGGCGUCGUUGUCGGGAGGACGUGCUCAAGGGAUGUGUUUGAAAUACAUGUUUCAAAGAAAGUGUUAUUAAAAUGUGCUUCAGGGAAAGUGCCUGGAACACUUGCUUCAAGAUAGGUGUGUGUAUCUGGAACAUGUCAUGUGGUUCAAUGGUGAUGUGUAUCGAGACGCUUGCUUCUCUGAAGAACUUCCGGAAUAUGACUGAAAGAACGUGCUUGGAAUACAUACUUCACAGGACGUCACGUUUCUGGAACAGGUGCUUUAAUAGAAGUUGGUUUAAACGCGUGCUUUAGGAAUGUCUGGAACACAUGCUUCAAGUGAAACGACCCAAACUCGUGCUUAAAGGAAAGCGUUUUGAGCAAAUGCUUCAAUGGAAGUUGUUUGGUCGUUGUUCUGACUCGCUUCAAGUGAUGCAGAUAACGUGCUUUACAGGGAUGCAUCAGCUUGUUCACAUGCAAAUGGCUUGAUUACUUGUAUAUACUUUAAUGAAGAAGCCGAUGAACAUAUUAACUUUACAACAUACUAACAUGCCAUUAUCAACUUGAUUAAAGUUAACUGCAAAAUGUUUGUCCAUUCAUUCUUCAAUCACUGGAAAUAGGAAAUAGUUACAAACUUUGCUUUUCAUCAUAUUGUGCAACCAAUUCUGGCAAUAGUUAAGUACAUAAAGUACACCACAACUAAAUCCUAUGAAAGCGACUAAUGUUAUGGGAACUUCUUCACAGACUCUCCGAUCUAAUCCACCCUUACCAACAUGCUUCUGUUUACUAGCGCGAAUACUGUUAGGUUCUGUCUGAAUGUUCCUCAAAAUGGUAAUUCUUCUUUCAGCUUAUCAGUUUCUGUUUGCAUUUCUUUGAGGAAAGUAAGGAAUUUGUCAAAGUAUAUCCACAGUUUAUUGUCAUCAGUGAUAAUUUGAAGACGUCCAAAAGAUGUUUCCCCAUAUGUAUGUAUUGUCAUAUUUGAAAAUAUAUUUCCAAAAUAACAUUCAUUUUGUACAUUUAGUGAGAAAAAGAAGACAAAACACAACAACACAUCUACAAUUCACUUCUCAGUUAUCUCCAAUUUAAUAUAAUACAUAUAUUAUACAUUAUACCUUAAAUCUAUUGGUUUUCUUCAUCAACAUUUGUAAUGCGUUA